AAGCGAUCCAAACAUUGGCCGUGGAAUUCUGAGUUUAGGUUCCUUGUUAUCAAGAGACGUAAUAAAAAAGCAACUCAUAGAUAACGACACUUGAUUUAACCGGGUAGAAAGCAGAGGGAAGUCUUAGCCCUUGAAAAUGUUUCUAAGAUUUGGAAUUAGGAAAUGUUUAUUUCCUGUAAUCAGGAAAACGGCAAGGACAAGAGUUACUAGUGCAUCCUUUUCUCGACUGGUAACAGGGAAUGUAGCGAAGGUAGCGAAAACAAGCAUCCCAAGUGCUGUCAUGUUUGGAGUCCUUGGAAGUGGUUUCUAUGUUGGAAGUGUUUUAGCAAAUGAGAACACUCUGGAGACUCUCUUGGCUGAGGCAGAUGAGUUGUAUGAAGCAAUGAAGUAUGAGGACAUUUAUGCUCUUCUCAGUGCUCACAAGGAAGUGAAACAUGAUGAAAUUCUUUGGAGACUGGGAAGGGCCACAUAUGAAAAAGCAAAGGCAGCUAAAACAGAUGAUGAAAAGAAGGUGCUAUACAGAGAAGCCUUGGAUUAUGUAGAAGAAGCUUUGGCUAUCAACAGUGAAAACUUCGCUGUCCACAAGUGGAUGUCCAUUCUUAUUGACUAUGUGUAUGGAUAUGAAGGAACGAAAGCUAGGAUAUCACAGUCAUACAAUGUUAAACAUCACAUGGAGAAAGCCUGUCAAUUGAACCCUACCGAUGGAACCUCUAGAUAUCUCCUAGGAUAUUGGUACUACAGUAUAGCCAGCAUCCCAUGGUACCAGAGGAAGAUUGCUUCUGUUGUAUUUGCUACACCUCCCUCGGGAACAUAUGAAGAUGCGCUGGAAGAGUUCUUACAUGCAGAGAAACUGGAACCCAACUUUUAUAGUAAAAACUUGUUGAUGAUUGGGAAAUGCUACCAGAUACUAGGGAAAAAAGAAGAGGCAAAGCAGUACCUGACUCGCGCCAUGAAUUAUUCAGCGAAGACUCUCGAUGAUAAAGAGGCAGUGGACGAAGCAACUCAACUUUUAAAGGGAAUGUAAUGUCAUGUCUUGUGUAAUUAGUUAUCUUUAUGAAUUCUAAUGUAUUUUGGUAUCACUAGCUUGUCUUGUUGUUUUAUAGUCUAUUUCUUUUUAUAAAUGAACACUUUAGUAUGGAAGAAAUGCUUUUAUCAUUUGAAGUCAAAUACCAUGACAGUCAUACUAGUUUCUAUGAAGUGAUGAUUAUUUUUGUUAAUUUAAUUACUCAUAUGAAUGGAGACUGACUGAUUUUGAUAAAAUUAUUUAUCACUUUUAUCAAUAUUUCCAGCCUUUCCAUUCACUUGAUUGUCUCAAAGUAGCACAAACAUAUCAGAGUUGUUGUAUAAGUAUGUAGGCUGAUACUAAUAAACAAAAUACCAAAUAUGUUUAUUUUUAGUGAUAAAACAUUACAUAACAUUGUUUAUCAGAUAUCAUCCUGAAAAAAUAUAAUUUUAUUAUUUUUGUAUCUUAAGUUUACUGCCAUGUAUAGAUUUGAAAAAAAUAACAAUUAUUCAUGUUUAGUUAUCAACAGUUUAAUUAUUCUAUGAAAGUAAUUUAUCCAUAUAACAUUCUUAUUAUAUAUCAGAAUGGCAUUUCUUGACAUAUCAUUUUUAGAGUGAUUUACACUUCUCUAAUUACAGAAGCAAAAAAAAAAAAA